AUGGUCAUAACCGGCGAUGCGGCGCAUCCAAUGCUACCUCAUCAAGGGCAAGGCGGUGCCAUGGGUCUCGAAGACGGCCUGGCUCUGGGUGUUGUGUUUGCCGGUGUGUCUGAUAGCUCUGAUCUCGAGAAGAGAUUAGAGCUCUUUGAGAAGAUCCGUCGAAACCGCGCCAGUGCGAUUCAGAUUCUUAGCAACGUCGGAACCGACCAGUCAAGUCUCGUAGAGAAGGACCUUUUGGAGUUCGUCGCAGCGGAUGAGAUACCGAAAAACCCGCAAGAAAACUUGGCUUUCAACUUUGGGUAUGACGUUGUCAAUGAGGCUAUCAAGAUCAUGGAAGAAUACGAUCCCUCAUCUCAUCUUCCUCAUGACUUCUUUGAGGAUGAUUCGUUCGACAUGACUCAUGUUAACGGGGAGCUGUCGAAAAUGAGUGGGCUUGGUUUCAUCAAGGUCGAGACAUGCAUCAACAUCGACACUGAAUGA